AAGAACUGUAUCUAUUGUUGAACAGGAAAUUUCGCGUAUGGGUGACUUGGAUCUGAAUCUGUCACAAUUUGGAGAAGCUCAUGUAGAGGGGGAUGAGUGAAUGAAAAGGGCAGACGAGAGCUAUCUGCCAAAAAGGAUGCCGAAAGGUCGUUCCAGGAAAUGGCCGACCUUGGUAAUUGAAGUCGGUUAUUCCGAGUCACAUCAGAAAUUGGUUGGCGAUGUUUCGUGGUGGCUGUCACAAUCAAAAGGGGAUGUGCUGACCGUCCUCACCGUUGACAUCAAUCAAAGACGUAAGGAGAUCACUGUCGAGAAAUGGUCUUCCACUCAAGCAGGUCGUGGAACUAGUAUCUAUCGUACGGUACUAUCCCAGGAGGCCGGUCAGAAUGAUAUUCACGCCACCAAUGAAGCCCCCCUCUCCAUCGACUUCAACCAUCUGUUUCUUCGAGAUACGGAGGGACCCUAUGAAAGAAUUAUCGAAUUCGAUCUGAGCGACCUAGAGUAUUUGUCGAAACAGAUAUGGAAGUUGGAAUUCGAAGAAUGGACCGAAGAUGACUACUUUUGACCGGAAUGAUAUGAAGACGUUGUCAGCUCGGACAUGGGCAGUUGAAUGCAGAGAAUGUAUGAAGGCGAUGCAGAUUUGAUCUAUCUAGUAUUAACAAUCGAUG